AAGAUGAAACCUUCACUGUUAUUAAUAAUAUUCAUUCAUUCAUCUUUUAUAAACACACAAGUUAAAAGCGCGAGUAUUUUGGAGAGAUCAUACGAAUAUGUAAUGAAUUUAGGGAAGAAUUUGGCGCCUAGUUUUCUGUCGAUGAUGGACUGCAUGGGUGAGGAAGAUGUAUGGGGGUGUGUGAGGGAGAAGUCUGGGAAGAUCUUGGACGGGUGGGACAAGGAAGUGCAGACGCAAAGAAGACUGUGGCAAGAAGCAGCCGAUGCGGAGGUCACAAAUUCAGGGAGGUCAAUUAAAGAACUCCCCUCGAAGGUCGGUCAGGAGAUAGAAGAGAAUUUGGACACUAUCGCUGUUAUGAUAAAUAACGGAAUGGCGAGGGCAUUCGGCAGAAAAAAGCAUGAUAGCGGGGGAAUAGACAGCAUCACGAUAUCAGCGAACACAGGAGACAAGAAGAUGAAGAAGAAGAAGCAGAAGCCGGCCAAAAUCCACCUGGUGCACCCUGUCAUGAUGGUGAAGAAACAUGAGAAAGGUCGCAAUUUCGGAAGAGUUCAAUCUUGGGUAGUAGGUGAUAAGGUUGAAGAUCGCACUGAGAAAGGCAGGGGAAUUUUAGAGGAUCUGUGGACAGCUGGUGAGGAAGUAUUGGACGAAGCUGCCGACCAUGCGGUGGAAAGUGAUAAAAAUGAAGACGGGGUGGAGGACAAAAGUUCUUUGGAAGAACAAAGAGGCAAAAAGAAGAAGAAAAAGAAGGCGAUCCUGAAACUCUUAAUCCUGGGAGCGGUCCUCAAGGCGAAGAUCGGGACAAUACUGCAAAUUCUAUCCUUCAAAUUGCAGGUGAAAUUCUUCAUCAUAGCACUCCUCGGCUUGGGCAUCAACUUGGCACGGCUGUGGAUUGACAUUAAGAACAAACACCAGCAUCAACCGCAAAAGGUUAUAUAUUACGAGCACGCGUCUCACCAACACCAUUAUGACCACGAGGAGGAACCACACGGCUGGGGGCCUUGGUCCAGGAGUAUGGAACCAGAGACAGAACCAGACAUAGAAAUUGACUUAGACGGCUCCAACACUCCCUACAGGGCACAAGAACGGCCAGCGACCAUAUAUAGACCACUUCUAACAAGAGAUUAAAAGCUUUAAGCUAUAUUAAUGAUAAGACUUUCCGACUCCCUUGUUCUCGAACU